CAUGUUUUUUUUUUUUUUUUUUUUUCCUCCGAGACAGGGUUUCUCUGUGUAGCCCGGGCUGUCCUGGAACUCACUUUGUAGACCAGGCUGGCCUCGAACUCAGAAAUCUGCCUGCCUCUGCCUCCCAAGUGCUGGGAUUAAAGGCGUGUGCCACCAUGCUCGGCAAGAGCAGAACAUGGUUCUUUAACAGACCCUGAACCGGACCCAGCAUGCACCACCAGCUAGACUGGUCUGUUAGUGAGUUCUGAGACCCACAUGACUCCAUAUCCCCAGGGCUAGCUACAAUGAUGUGGAUCUGGCUACUGUAUGAUGCCAGGGAUCCAGGCUCAGCUCUUCAUACUUAUGUGCCAGGCACUGUACUAUACCAUCUCCCCAGUCUUGUGGAAGCAGUUUUUGAGCCUAGAUCCUCCUGACUUCAGCCUUCCAGGUGCUAGGAUUAACACGAAGGGCAAGAUCCUGGUUUUUGAUUUUUUUUUUUUUUUUUUUUUGGAGACAGGGUUUCUCUGUGCAGGCCUGGCUGUCCUAGAACUAGCUGUGUAGAUCAGGUUGGCCUUGAACUCAGAAAUCCAACUGCCUCUGCCUCCUGAAGUGCUAGGAUUAAAUGCAUGUGCCAUAACCACCCAGCUCAAUAUGCCAGGUUUAAUUUAUGUUCUUUAUAACCCAUUUGUGGCAUUAUUAUUAUUAUUAUUAUAUUAUUAGAUUGAGAUGUGUCUUGUUUGGUGGUUUGAAUGAGAAUAUGACCCCCACAGGCUCAUGUUUAACAGUUGGUCCCCAUUGGUGGAACUGUUUGGAAAGGAUCAGAAGGUGUGGCCGUGUUGGAGGAGGCGAGCUUGGAGGUUUCAAACACCCACACAUUCCUACUUAGUGCAUUCUGUCUGUCUGUCUGUCUUGGGCCUGUGGUUCUCAGUUACUGCUUCAGCCCCUUGCCUGCUUGCCCAUCACCUAUCUGCAAUGCUGGCUACUCACCUUUGAACUAUAAGCCCUGAUUUAAAUGCUUUCUUCUGUAAGUUGCUGUGGCCAUGGUGUUUUGUCACGGCAAUUUAAAGGUAACUAAGACCUCUUGCUCUGCUGCCAGAUUGUCCUUGAACUCUUGGGCUCAAGUGACCCUCCUUCCUCUGACUCCUAAGAGCAAGGCUGUGCCCAUCUUCCACCUUGGCUCUGCUAGUCUCUUAGAGCAGUACAGGCAUACCAAGGCAGUCUUUUGGUUUGUUAUUAAAACAUUUUCAGCUGGGCUUGGUGGCACAUAACUUUAAUCCCAGCACUUGGAAGGCAGAGGCAGGUUGAUUUCUGAGUUCGAGGCCAGCCUGGUCUACAGAGUGAGUUCCAGGACAGCCAGGGCUACACAGAGAAACCCUGUCUCGAAAAACCAAAAAAAAAAAAUUUUUUUUUUCAGAGUAUGACUCAAGCCAUAUUAUGACAUAAUGGACUUUGAGGCAUCGUGGGCAGAAACACACCAAGGUCACCAUUGGGUGUUGUGGAAUGCUGUUCUUCUUCAGAGCCUAACAGCCAUUACCGCCUUUAUUGGAGCAGUCAUGACUGCCUGAAAGAUAUCCUUCAGAUUGGGGUUGAUGCUCCAUCACAGAGCAGGCUGAUGAGUGCCAUUAAGCCCUCAUCUGAGAUGCCAUUCCUUCCUACAGCAUCCUCCCAGUUGUGUGACACCAAUCUGCGCUGGCCUCAGGAGACGCUGGAGUUCACAGUGUGGAAGGAUGUCUGAAAGGGGAACCCCAUCUACACAGCUCUGGGGAUAUUAUCAUCAAUGCUGGGUGUGUUGGUUUGUAUAUACCUGGCCCGGGGAGUGGCACUAUUAGAAGGUGUUGCCUUGUUGGAGUAGGUGUGUCACUUUGGGUUUAAGACCCACCCUCAUCCUAGCUGCCUGGAAGUCAGUCUUCCACUAGCCGCCUUCAGAUGAAGAUGUAGAACUCUCAGCUCUUCCUGCACCAUGCCUCCCUGGAUGCUGCCAUGCUCUUGUCUUGACAUUAAUGGACUGACUCUCUGAACCAGUAAGCCAGUCCCAAUUAAAUGUUGUUCUUAUAAGAGUUGCCUUGGUCAUGGUGUCUGUUCACAGCAGUAAAACACUAAGACACUGAGAGUCCCCUUUUGGUGGUUCAGCUGCUUUUGGGUCACGCACACUCUCUGUAAGGCUAAUGAACUCACUGCCUCCGGGGGAGUCACACCUCUAUCUGUAGGACCCCUUAGGGUGACCAGUAGCUUGUAGGUUCCUCCCUAAGAAAAGUUCAUGCAGCACUGGGCCAGAGGGUGGAAGGGGCAGGGCUUCGUGGAGAAAGGACUGAGCCACGCUGGCAAAGCCUCUGGAGUUACAGAUGGUUGUAAGCCGCCAUGUGUAUGCUGGGAACCAAAUCUGAGUCCUCUGCAAGAGCCACUUAACCACUGAGCCAUCUCUCCAUUACAGUAUGGUGGUUUGACUAUGCUUGGCCCAUGGGAAUUGGCAGUAUGAGGAGGUAUGGUCUUGUUAGAGGAAGUUUUUUAAAAAAUUUAUUUAUUUUAUAUGAGUACACCAUCACUGUCUUAAAGACACACCAGAAGAGGGCAUCGGAUCUUAUUACAGAUGGUUGUGAGCCACCAUGUGGUUGCUGUGUUCCAGAACUCAGGACCUCUGGAAAAGCCGUCAGUGCUCUUAACCACGGAGUCAUCUCUCCAGCCCAAGAUUAUACUCUUACAGACCCAUAAGCUAGUUAUCAAUUUUGGGAAACUCAACAGUGAUCCAAGUCUUUACAUCUGGACUCAGUUCCAGCAAUCAAGUCUGAGAGGCCUCUGUGGCACUUCCCUUGUUUUGUGGGUCAUUAACUAUCAAGUACUGAGUGUUGUUGAUGGAACUUGGAGGCUUCUACAGUUCUCUCUCCUCUGACACUUCUGAAGAACACAGUCUCACCAUUGAGCGGGACCUUCCCUUUUAGGCUGGGUCUGGAGCCCACACUUCUGUCAACAGUUUCUGAACUCUGGCCUGGAUGAGAGAUGUUGUCUAGGCAUCACCUGAGGAAAUGCUGAGUGUCCACCUCCCCUAAUGAUGCUCAUAUUUCCCAGCUGGCUGAAAGGUCACCUCAGUUCCCCAUUGCAACUAUCAGGUCCAUGGGAAAGAAAGCCCUAACCUUGAAGAAUCUUUCUGCUCAUCCAUUCAUCCAAUUGCUUAACCUUUGGUAAUUGGUUAAUUUGUGUGUGUUUGCUAUUGUUGUUUGUCUUGACACAUAUAGGGUCUUACUACGUAGCCAAGGUUGUCCCAGAACUUGCUACAUAGACCUCCAACUCACAGAGACCUGUUUGCCUCUGACUUCUGAGUGCUGGGAUUAAAGGCUUGUGGCACCAUACCCAGUAGCUUGGUUUCUUGAGGCAGGGUCUCGCUCCAAAGCCCAUGCUAGCCUCAAACUGAUAGUAACUCUCAUGCCUCAGCCUCCUGGGCACUGGAGUUACAAGUAUGGGCGACCAUGCCUGGCUUUCUCUAGUGAUCCUUGUCACAGUUCUCUUUUUGGGUUAGGACUGACUGACUCAGGUUCAUGGAAUGAUGAACCCACCAAACGAGCAGGGGGCAGACUUUCUGUCUUGGGCAAAUCCUCAGGGGUGGGAGACAGCUUUUGUGCUUGAACCUUAGUGGUGCCUUCACCUCCCAGCUUGGUCCUGGCCCCAGAGGGAAGGAAGAGUCAUUUGGUGACUUGUGUAGACCAGAGGCCUUCACCUCUGCAAGCCUAGGUCUGCCCACCGGUCUGCCUCUCCCAUUCUGUCUGCACCCUCCUGACAGCGAAAGUCAGGUUUGUGCACCUGUUCUGGAGGCUCUCAUGCCCUGCUCUCUGUACCAGUGUCCUUCACCUCAGGACCACCCCCUCACCCCUAGACCAUCCCUCACCUGUCAGUUGUUUCAUCUCAUUCUCCCUCAUUUCAAGACAUCCUCCCCUUCAUCUCUGGACUAUCCCCUCUCACCUCUAGUCCAUUCCCCAUCACUUCUGGACCUUCCCCUCACCUCCAGACCAUACCCAUUUCACUUCGGGACCCAAACCCCUCACUGCUAGAUUGUCCCCUCACCUGUGGAACCUCUUCACUUGUAGACUGUUCUUCACCUGUGGCUUGUUCCCUGUUUGCGCCAUCUCCCUCACCUGUGGACACACAGGAAUCAGCUGAUUGGCUGAUGUACGGGCGUGGGGUACACCGGACCCAGGCUAUAGAUCUCCGCUCCUCGCCAGCACACCUACUACGCGCCUCCUGCGGCCCCGCCCCACUCCGCCUCCCAGCUCCUCCGCCAAUAAGCGCGCGGCACCGCAUCCGGGGACCCGCGCGGCCGCCGCCUCCCGCGCGCACGCUCGGCCAUGGCGGAGGCCUCCUCUCUGGAGAGGCAGAGUCCUCGUGUGGCCUCCUGCCUUGUACACAGCCUGUGUCCUCGGGAGCCCAGCUUGCAGACCACGGCAGUGGUAUCCAUGGGCUCUGCCGACCAUCAGUUCAACCUUGCUGAGCUCCUGACGCAGAACUACAACCUCCAAGAAGGGUGUGCUGAGGCCCCGCAGUGUCCUGACAAGCCGGAGGAGGAGCUGGACAAGGACUUCAUUGACCAGAGCAGUGACAUGCCCCUGGACGAGCUGCUUGCACUGUAUGGGUACGAGUCGUCAGACCCCAUCUCUGAGCAGGAGAGUGAAGGCGGUGACACGGCUCCAGCCCUGCCGGACAUGACCUUGGACAAGGAGCAGAUAGCCAAGGACUUGCUUUCUGGGGAAGAAGAGGAAGAAACACAGUCCUCCGCUGAUGACCUCACCCCGUCUGUCACCUCCCAUGAGGCCUCGGACCUCUUCCAUAACCAGAGUGGGUCCCGGUUCCUGGCUGGUGAUAAUGGCCCAGGCUCCUCAGCCUCCUCUGACACUGAAGAGGACGCGCUUCCUGCCAACAAGUGCAAGAAGGAGAUCAUGGUAGGGCCUCAAUUCCAAGCUGACCUCAACAUCCUGCACUUGAACCGACAUUGUGACAAGAUCUAUGAAAAUGAAGACCAGCUGCUGUGGAGCCCCAGUGUACUCCCAGAGCGGGAGGUGGAGGAGUUCCUGUACAGGGCAGUGAAACGGAGGUGGCAGGAGAUGGCUGGCCCCCAGAUCCCAGAGGGCGAGGUGGUGAAGGACAGUGAGCAGGCGCUGUAUGAGCUCGUGAAGUGUAAUUUCAACGUGGAGGAGGCCCUGCGCAGGCUGAGGUUCAACGUAAAAGUGAUCAGAGAUGGGCUCUGUGCCUGGAGCGAGGAGGAGUGCAGGAACUUUGAACAUGGCUUCCGUGUUCAUGGGAAGAACUUUCAUCUGAUUCAGGCCAACAAGGUACGCACGCGGUCCGUGGGCGAGUGUGUGGAGUAUUAUUACCUGUGGAAGAAGUCUGAGCGCUACGACUACUUUGCCCAGCAGACACGGCUGGGCCGGAGGAAGUUUGUCUCCUCUGGAACCACGGAUACUGAACAGGACCUAGAUGGGCUUGACCCCGAUGGCCAUGCCCGGCUGCAUUCUGAGGCAGGGGUGCCUGUGGGUGAGUCGACACGAGAAGGGACUGUGGAGCCCCUGAAUGUGGACAUUGAAGCUGGUGGACUUGACCAGCCUGGCGUGGGCUCGGAUGACCUCCCUUCCUCAGAGCCAGGACCGCGUCCAUUCCAGCAGCUGGACGAACCCCCUGCUGUGCCCUCGCUCCAGCAGCCCACUAGCCUGGCCGCCUCAGCUGAACUCCCACCGGCGGCUGCAGCUGCUCCAGAGCCGGGCACUAGCCCCAGGCUGCCUGUGGACCUUGCCCUACCCGAGGAGCUGCCCCUUGUGUCCAGCCCUGUGGCUCUGAGCGAGGACACUGCAGAGCCCAUGGCUCCAGCACAGGUGGCCUUGUCGGUCACUGAAUUUGGACUCAUUGGCAUUGGGGAUGUGAAUCCCUUCCUAACUGGCCACCCAGCGUGCCCAACCUCCACACUGCACUCGGAGCCCUUGUCACAGUGCAAUGUGAUGACCUGUUGACCCCUGGUCAUCUGGGGGUACGUGUGCUCAGAUUGGACGUGGCAACACUGCCAGGCCUGCGAGUCAGUCUUCCUGACCCCCCUUCCCAUGCAGGCCUGUGUGAUGCCUUCUCUGCUUCAGAACAUGGUGGGAUUCAGUGAAGUGGCCAGGGCCACACAGACAGACCCCAGACCUCAGCGUCCAGCACCGCCACAGCCCCAGGCUGCCACCAUGCCAUGGAGUCAGCCUGGCAGCUGGGCUCGAAGAGGGUUCGUCCCGGCAUGGAGCCAGCCACCGGCCCUCAGCCAGCAGAAGCUGGCCAGGCGGUGCUGCCUGGGGCCUUGGGCAGGACUCAUCCCGCACCAGCAGCCUCUGCCCAGGCACCCUCCACAGGCCAGCUCUUUCCCCACCACAGCGGGGUUGUGGCCUCCAGCCUUUGCUCAGUGUGGGACUUUGGGGCACAGAGCCAUAUACCUCGUCCUGUGGCCGCCCUUUCUCGGCCCUUGGCUGUCUUCACUUCAGGAAAAGCCGCACUUUAUACCCCAACUGCCUCCUGCCUGCACUCCCCACCCUGUGCCGUGGUGGGGCCUCAGCAUCCCAGGCUCGAAGGGCAGACGGUCUGCUCCCUUCCUGCCCCUCUCCUUGGGGCGUCUUGGGGCACAGCUCUGGAAGCACCACCCAGCCACCCACCUGUCCUGUGGGUCUCGUUUCUUUGGAGGCUCCUAGCAGGGUGGCUGGGCCCAUCCAGUCCUCGGCCUCCCUCAUUUUAUUUAUGUUGGUGUUUACAAUUUGGAGUGGGGUCCCUGGGCAGGCAGCUCCGCCCGGUGUUGGCAGAGCGGUGCUGUUUGAGCCUGUGCGGCUGGACUCGACCGUCCCUCGCCCCACCGAGGACACUGUGAUGUGAGACUGCCUUUGCCCAAUGCUAUUUUAUUUAUUAAACUUGAUUUGAAGCCC